ACCAUCAAGAGGAUGUUCACAUACAGUAGCUGAUAAGAAUCUACCUGACGAGAAGGAACUCCUAACAGGCAACUAAACAUGAAAAUCAUAUUCCAAAUUUUUUGGGUUCUAAGCCUCUGCUUCUUGGGCAGUCAGAGUCAAGAAAGGAAUAAUGGGUUCAAUCAAAGAAGACUGUUGCGUUCAUCUGGUCAAGUGCUAGCUCGUUCACAAUCUGCUCAAGUCAAACGUUUUCCAAAUCCAAAUCCACCAAGAUCCCUCUUGCUUCAAUAUCACCAAAACUUAGCUGGCCAGUCACUAAGUAGAUCAACCAAUUCAAAGUUACUUCCUCCUACAAAGCAAUUGCUUUUAAAGUCAUCGAUCCCCAAAAACCUAGCGAAACCACAAACUCAUUCAAAUAAAGCUAGCCAACCAAAACUAGGUCCAACUGAGCACAGUUCAAAAACUCAAAGUAGGUCUAGGCAGCCACAAGCUUAUCAAAAUAACCCUAUUCAAAAAAGUCCCUGUUUCAAGUCACCUAUUCACAAAAGAUCCAAUUCAUUACAUCCUGGUCCAUUAUCAUACUCUAAAACACAGUCUCAAAAAUCCCAAUCUCUUCCAAAUUUUUCUGCUACAAGAGUGAUCAGGCCAUUCAGAACUCCUUCAAAUACAAUCUUUCAGCAAAAACCGCAACUAACCAAACAUAAUCCUAAUCCACACACGCUGCAAAAAGCUAGCCUAAACAAGGCACAUGCAAAUGAACUUGCUACAAGAGCUAGACAAAGGAAGCCUAAUUCAAAAGCACUUGUCCAAAAUAUAGCAUGCCACACCAAAACUCAUCUGCAGCCACCUGGUGGAAGAAAAUAUAUACAGCCACUUGAUCCAAGAAAACUUCUACAACCAUUGAGUCAAGGAAGACGUCCACAGUCAUCUAGUCGAAGACGACACCCACAUCCAGUUGGUCAGAAGAUAUCAAAUCCACCAAUUAAAGUACCUGGACAAAUUAAGCCUUGUAUUAGGCCACACAUUCAAAACAAACCUGGAUCACACCACUAUCAUCCACAUAUAUCUCUUUCUCCAGGCAGGCUAUAUCCACCUCCCUUCGUUCCCAGCCCACGACCUCAGGUGCAACCAGUUAGCAAGGUGGUAAGCACCAGAACCCAAGUCUUAAACACAACUCCAUUUUCUGCCAUUGCCACCACAACUCCCCAGACUAUCAGCUCCCACACAACCUCAGCUACAACCACAAACAAAAUCUCAUCUGCUCUCAUUUCUGAAAGGACAACUUCUUCUGAUAUCACAGUUUCCAGUCCUGAAAUCCAAGUUCCAGUCACCAUUCCACCCACUGCUGCAACCACGUCUAAUGCCCCAGCUACUGAGAUUUCAACUCCCCUUGUUACUACCACUCCUCUCACAGCCACCACGCAAACAACUCCUUUUACCACACAAGAGAUUACCAUUGUACAUGCAACUGCUGGAGAUCCAACUAUACUUUCCAACACAACCAUCACAUUUGCAGCUGCAACACUCUUUACCACCACAUCGUCUGCCAUUACUGUGCAAAAUACCACUGCUUCCACCAACACCUCAUCCGCAGCUGAUACAGAAAGGACCAAGACCCUCAGGAUGACCACUGAGCCAGGAUAUGAAACAACAGAACUUCCCUAUAGCAGCCCCAACCCUGAUGAUAACUAUAUAUUUGAAACUACAGAAUCUGAUUACUAUUAUGAAUAAUUCGAUGUCUCUAAUCCUGAAAUUACACCAACUACCCACACCACUCAAAAACCUACCUCUACCAUCAACCAAAUACCACAAUUUUCUAAACUAUAUUGCUCUUUAACUCCAUGAUUGUGACUUUUUUUCUCUAAAAUAUUUCCAAAGUAUUUAGAAAGACAAUAAAGA